AAUUUCAGGUUACAUUAACAGCGCGGUUAGCUACUACUGAUGCCAUUUUGUUAUAAAGUAUUUAUUUGGGCUAGCCUAAGCAAAACAUUGUAGUUUAAGCUGUUGUUAUGUGUGGCGUUGUGGCUCAAGUAGUUACUUAGUUUACACCAAAGAAACGCUAAACCGUGACACUUUUAAUUCUCAAGCCAAUGUAUUAAUUUACGUCGGCAAAAUCAUCCUUUGCCUUUAUCGCUUGUACGAGAUUGAACUAAGCAUUGGAGCUCAGGCUAACCGCAGCAGUUCGUGGAAGACAGCAGUGAUUGAGGAGGUGCUGUAUUGUAGCAAGAAGCAGACUUGCAGAAACCCGUCCAGAACAGGAGACUAAAAUGACUUGGUCGGUGGUGUGAGAUGUGCAAGUAUAUUUGUCAUGGCGAGGGGUCUGCUAUCAUGGGCCUGGCUGAAAAAGCCCUACUACAUUCAGGCGCGUUUCUCUUACCUGCGCAUGAAGUACCUCUUCUUCUCCUGGCUGGCGGUGUUCGUCGGCAGCUGGGUGGUGUACGUGCAGUACUCGUCGUACACGGAGCUGUGCCGUGGACACAAGUGCAAGGACACCAUCUGUGACAAAUACAGGAAAGGUGUGAUCGAUGGCUCAGCUUGCAGCAGCCUGUGCGACAAGAACACACUGUACCUGGGGAAGUGCCUCUCUGCCAAGCCCAACAACCAGGUCUACACCAGCGUCUGGGGCGAUCUGGAGGGGGUCAUUAAGUGCCAGAUGGAGGAGAUCCUGCACUAUGACCUGGGAGCUGAAAUGGAGCCCAGGAAGGAGGUCGUGCUCUUUGACAAACCCACGAGGGGGACGUCCAUGGAGAAGUUUAAAGAGAUGGUCCUCAGCCACUUGAAGGUGAAAGUGGGCGAGCAAGCAAACCUGCAGGAUCUGGCCAUGCUGGUCCUAUCCGUGGCUGACAGCAACAAGGAUGGCCACAUAUCCCUGCCAGAGGCCAAGUCUGCCUGGGCCCUGCUCCAGCUCAACGAGUUCCUCCUCAUGGUCAUCUUGCAGGACAAGGAGCACACGCCCAAGCUGCUGGGCUUCUGCGGGGACCUGUACGUGACGGAGAAGGUGCAGCACACCUCUUUGUAUGGGAUCACCGUGCCCUGGCUGAUGGAGCUGUGGAUACCUUCCGGGGUGCGGAGGAGCAUGGACCAGUGGUUCACCCCCUCUUGGCCCCGCAAGGCCAAGAUCUCCAUCGGCCUGCUGGAGUUCGUGGAGGACGUCUUCCACGGCACCUUCGGCAACUUCCUCAUGUGCGACGUGAGCGCCGGCACCUUCGGCUACAACGACAAGCACGACCUGAAGAUGGUGGACAUGCGCAAGGUCGUGCCCGAGGCCGCCUUCAGGGAGGCAAUGCGCGAUCGCCACUGCGAGGACGACGAGGACUGCGUGUACGGCGCCGACUGUAGGACGUCCUGCGACCUCACCAAGAGACGCUGCACUCCCGAGGCCAUCCGGCCCAACCUGGCCAAGGCCUGCCAGGCGCUCAAGGACUACCUCCUGAGGGGGGCGCCCUCGGACAUCCGCGAGGAGCUGGAGAAGCAGCUGUACUCCUGCCUCGCCCUCAAGGGCUCUGCCGAGCAGAUGGAAAUGGAGCACUCUCUCAUUCUCAACAGCCUUAAAACCCUUCUGUGGAAAAAGAUCUCGCACACUAAAGACUCCUAAUGAAAAUGGCCACACGAGCAUUAUUCUCCUCUCCUGCAUUUCCUUAGUCUGGUUUUCUAACCCUGGUCCGUGAGAGCCACAAGGUCUGUGGGUUAUGCUAUUUAGCACCUAAUUGAUGAGAUCCAUCUUUUGGUGACUAGGCUCAUCAACUGCAUAAUUAAAGCAGUUGAUUAAUUGACUCACCUCACACGGUUUCUUGAUUUUAUAAUUGGUUGACUUAUACGUAAAAACCAAAAGCAGCAGACCCCGCAGCCCUCCAGAAAACAGGGUUAUGGACCCAGCAUUAGGCCUUAGCCCUGCCGGAAAUGGAAAGGCCUUAGGCAACAGGAAAUCAAACUGAGAUGGGAAAAUGGCACGAAGCAGGAUGGAGGGAUAUGCUGUGGCCUUUCUCUUGUUGCGUUGUUUGUGUACUGUGUACAUUUUAUUAUUAGUAACAUCACUUUUUAAAAUAAUGUUACUUGUUAUUUGUACUUGGUUCUUUAUUUGUGCCAUACAAAUGUGAUCUUGAUGUGUGUGGGCCUGAUAGGGGGAGUGGGAAAAAUGGGCACCAUUGGACUUACUAACAAAGAACAAUUUUUCUUAAAUCCACUCAGCCAGUUGGAUGUUUUUCACUUCUGUAGGAAGUUGAUUGAUUAAUUACAGCAUUUUGAUGCUGUUUGCCUCAUUUGUUUGUUGCCUCUAUUUUACUGCAAGUUAGUUGUACCCAUCAAGGAACCUUCUAGAUAAAAACCACGGACUGCCACUGCAGGCACAGAAUGAACUGAAAUCCCAGAUGUUUGUUUUAAGUAGCAUGACGAAUUUGCACAAUAAAUUAAGUAGACCUGCGUCUUUCAA